AGAUGGCGGUGCUACUGACCAGACCAAUGCGACAUCUGUUAUGUUGACAUCUAUGACUGAGAUCGUCCAUUGGUGUAGUAGCGCUUCGCUUCCUCGAAAGUCAAGGAAUCACAGGGGGUCACCUUUUUAUUCCCAUUUUAUUUUAAAACACUCCAAAUUCCACUUUUCUGUGACUUGAACAGUAAUUGACUUUGUGCUGAGGAAAGCCCGACAGAUGUCGUGUAGCAGGUUUUUGUGACAGGGCGCUGCCGGUGAAUGCGCUGGGCGUGUGUGAAGAUAACGCAAACAAGGGCUGGAUGUGAAAACUGUCAGGAACAGAUAAUGCUCAGUAACCGUCGACCCCGGCCUGCAAUAAGUCAGUCUCUCCAGUCUUUCUAACGAGAGCCCAGUGCCAUGAAGUCAAGAGUGUGUCCAGAUACUCCAAUAUUUACAGCACCGCUCGAUGCAUUGGUCAUCUGACUUUAUACAGCAAGUUUCGGCAGAUAAUGAUUAGGUGAGACUCGCAAACUUCGUUUUGGUCGUCUUCUUCUCCAGAUGUGUGAGACAAUGUUGCGAAUGACACGAUUUACUGUAGGGAAACUGCAGCAGUGUAACAUUACCUGCUGUCGGUCAGAUACACUUCAUCAUUUGUCUAAUCGGACCUCAAGAACACCGUGGAAAAGGCAAGUGUGCAAGAACGGGUCGUUCGAUGUCCUCGUGAUGCCCGUUUAUAAGGGAAGGAGCAUCUCCUGGCUCUCUUGUCUCAGAACUGGAGGGUUGUUUCUGCCCAAGAGAGUGUGGACGCACUCCAGACACACGGUUGCUCUCUAUAGCACAUCUACGGACUCCAAACAAACCGCAAAGUCUGUGGUAAAUCAGGAGAGUGAAGUUAAAACCUCAGAAAACUUGUCUCGUGUUCCCUCAGAAGAUGCCAAGAAGUUGCUGCAGCUGGCGAAUCCUCAGCGAUGGAGGCUGACAGCUGCCGUGGGUUUUUUGGUGAUCUCCAGCUCUGUCACCAUGUCUGCCCCAUUUUUUCUGGGAAAAGUGAUUGACACCAUCUACACUAGCCCCCCAGAGGACUUCACCUCCUCCCUUACCUCCCUGUGUAUCAUGCUAACAGGGGUCUUCCUCUUCGGGGGUGCUGCAAAUGCUGCUCGUGUCUACCUCAUGCAAAUCUCAGGACAACAGAUUGUGCGAAAGUUGCGCGAGUCCCUUUUCUCCUCGAUUCUGAAGCAGGAGGUGGGAUUCUUUGAUAAGACCCGAACCGGUGAGCUCAUUAACCGCCUUUCAGCAGACACGGCCAUCGUCGGGCGCUGCCUCACUGACAACCUGUCUGACGGGCUGCGUUCCCUCGCCCAGGCAGGGGCCGGAGUUGGCAUGAUGUUAUAUGUGUCACCUAGUCUGGCAGCUUUUGUGCUGAUGGUUGUUCCUCCUAUUGCCUGCCUGGCUGUAAUUUUCGGUAGAUUCUUACGAUCCAUAUCGAGACGCACACAGGAUGCGUUGGCAGAGGCUACACAGUUGGCAGAAGAGAGGAUCAGCAACAUACGGACAGUCCGGGCUUUUGGAAAAGAGCUGACGGAGGUGCAGAAGUACUCGGAAAAGAUUGACUAUAUUUUUGACCUGGCUAAGAAAGAGGCUGUGCUUUCUGCUGGAUUCUAUGGAGUGACAGGACUGAGUGGAAAUGUCAUCAUCCUGAGUGUGUUGUAUAAGGGAGGUCUGUUGAUGGCCAGUGAGGCCAUGACUGUUGGGCAGCUCUCCUCUUUCCUAAUGUAUGCAUUCUGGGUGGGCAUCAGCAUUGCAGGUUUCAGCUCAUUCUACUCCGAGCUGAUGAAGGGGCUUGGUGCUGGGACUCGUCUAUGGGAACUCAUGGAUCGGAAGCCUGAAUUUCCUCUCAAUGAGGGGCUUGUGUUAAAACCAGAGCAGUUAAAAGGAGAACUGGAGUUUCGUAAUUUGUGUUUUGCUUACCCAACAAGAAAGGAUUCCCCCAUCUUCCAGGAUCUAAGUCUGUCUGUGCCGGCGGGGUCAGUAAUGGCAGUAGUGGGAUCCAGUGGUUCAGGCAAAUCCACACUGGUGUCACUGUUGCUCCGGCUCUAUGAUCCUGAUUCAGGUGUAGUCAGUGUUGAUGGCCAUGAUAUACGAGACUUGAAUCCUUACUGGCUGAGGAGUCACAUCGGUACUGUAAGCCAGGAGCCGGUUCUUUUCUCCUGCUCUAUUGCUGAGAACAUCGCUUAUGGGGCAGCAGACCCAAGUCAGGUCACAGCAGAGGACAUCUACAGGGCAGCAAAGAUAGCCAACGCUCAUGACUUCAUCCAGGAGUUCCCUAAGGGCUACGAUACAGUGGUAGGAGAGAAGGGGGUAUUGCUGUCAGGUGGACAAAAACAAAGAGUCGCUAUAGCACGAGCCCUGCUGAAGAAUCCAAAGAUACUGUUACUGGAUGAAGCUACAAGUGCUCUGGAUGCAGAAAAUGAGUUCCUGGUACAGGAGGCAUUAGAGAGGCUGAUGGACAGCCGUACCGUGUUGAUCAUCGCUCACCGUCUCUCCACCAUCCAGAACGCAGAUGCCGUGGCUGUGCUGGACCAGCACCGUGUGAUGGAGAUCGGCAGCCACGCCAAGCUCCUUGCCGACGACCAGGGGCUCUUCCGCAAGCUGAUGGAGAAGCAGGCCUUCCUGCAGGCCGAGCAGAAAAAGGCUCUCUUCAAAUAGGAGUAAUUUAAAAACAACAAAGGGAGCGUACACGUUCAGACAUGUUUAAAGGCAUUUCAUAUGUUUUAUCGUGCACUCCGAAAUGACUAAGACUGAAAUGUAGCUAUUUAUCAUAAACUGCCAAGUAACUGGAAACCAGUUGUAUACUGAUCAUUGUUAAUUACAAUGGCAGAUAGUCACAGCAUACGUGCUGUGGACCUGAUUUAAUACUCAUCCGAGUUGCAAAAAACACUGCUUUUUAAAUUGUUUUAUUCUUUCAUAGCCCAAGAAAAACAUUAAUACGUUUCAAAAAAAAGCUUUGGAAAAGCUUGAAAGGAAUAUGAGGGCGAUUUGAAAUAAGACCAAGUUACUUGAUGCUACUGCUACUAUUACUUGUAAUAAAUCAUGUCAGUCCUUUAUUAAGGAACGGGUGAUAAUCAGUUUAUUGAAGUAUACCUAGGGCCUUAGUCAUGAAACACAAGCAGAAUGAAUUUCUGUGUAAACUGUACAUAAAACAGUAUACUGUUGCAUUUGAUUCACUGGGAAGAUUUACGAGAAUGAUUAAUGAAAGCUUAAAUUAAUGUCAUGUACACAAAUUCGUUCUGCAUAUGUUUCAUAAGUAAUAUUGAUAAUUAAGUAUUUCGCGAGGGUGAUUGCAGACACAAUGGUGCUUCUGUCCUUUCUUAUCACCUUUGGUAAUGACACAGAUGUCAGUGAAUCUUGCCUAGAUCAUAAACCGCAAUGCUUUUACUGGGAUACAAUCCAACUCCAACCCAGUUACAGUGCCAUUGUUAUUUGUCAGUAAUGAAGAUACUGUUUUAGAAGGAACACCUGUAUGAACAAUUGUAAAAGAAAAAAGGAUAGAUAUAAUUGUCUCAGUUGUACUUGAGAACAGACACUAUAACAGAGAUAUUUUAAUUUAACUUUUACUUAAUCAAUAUAUAUAUAUAUUUAUAUAUCUAUCAUUUGGAUAAGAGGAAAUCUAUUCAGAACUUAAGAAGAUUUUAAUAUUUAGUGUGGUAACUUAUUAGAUUUCAGGUUUGUGAAAUGUAUAUGUUUGUCUGUUCGUUUAUUUUCUAUUGUUUUAUCUGCACUCUUAAUAAAUUACAUUGAAACACUGA